GGGACGCCUCUGCGCGGAGGGGGAGAAAUUGAAAUCGGGGAAAAUGUCGACUUUGGAUUUGGCUGCAGCUUCGUCCUUGUCGUCGGAUGUUGAGCCACGGGGAGGUUUUCGUUUUCAGCACACGCCUUAUUACUGCGAGGAGAAUGUGUACUUGCUAUGCAAGAAGCUAGCAGAGGACGGUAUAGCGAAGUCGGAUGCUUCUGAUCUUUAUGUAGUGUUCAUUUCCAAUGAGAAAAAGCAGAUUCCAUUAUGGUAUCAGAAGGCAAGCCAUCGAGCUGACGGGGUAAUCCUAUGGGACUAUCAUGUUAUUUGUGUGCAAAAAAGAAAAGAAAGCAACUUGCCUCAUCUAGUGUGGGAUUUAGAUUCAAGUCUUCCAUUUCCAUCUCCAUUAUCGAAAUAUGUAGCAGAAACUUUCCGGCCCUCAUUUCAGCUAUUUUCAGAGUUUCAGAGGGUUUUCCGGAUUGUUCAUGCGCCAAUCUUCCUACCAGCUUUUGCAUCCGACAGACGACAUAUGAAAGAUUCAGCUGGAGAUUGGGUUUCUCCACCACCACCAUAUGAUGCAAUUGUUGCUCAAGAUGGGACUGUUCAUAACUUGAACGAAUACUUAGAAAUGUCCUCUGUCGAUGUUCUAAAAAGCGUUGGAGCCGAUGCCGUAGAUGCUGUUUCGUCCCAAAAACUAGGUGUGCUGCUGAAUGACAGCCAAUUAGAGGAACUGUUUUCUCAGGUUUCCUCGUAAUUGUCUAUUUAUAACAACAUUUUAUGCAGAAAACUGCAAAGGAUAUUUGCAUAGGACAGUGUGUUAUUUCUUCUGUUUUUUUUUUUUUUUUUUCUUUUUUCUAUUCAAAUAGUGAAUCUAUUACUACAUACAGUCUUUGAUGUUCA